UCAGGGCAGAUUCUUUGCAGCUGCUCCUCGACCUCUCCUGCGCCGGAGGAUAAAGCUUGUAGCCAAAAGGGGGUCACAUAGGGCUACAACCAGGUGCCAACUUUCUGCGUUGUUUUCACACCAGAAUUUGCCGGACACUAGCCUUGCGUCGGGCAGCUGCGGGGGGAUGUCCUGUGUCGUUUUGCUGAUGCGGUUCGAGGGACCGCAGCCAAAAAAAAAAAAAAAAAAAAAAUGUGUAACGUGAAGAACGGAGGCUGAAAUGAGCAAGGCUCCAGAUGUUGCUAUGAGGAAAGGGGUCAGCAAUGACUGAUGUGGAGCCUGUGGUCACAGAUUUUGCAGCGUCAGGACGAGCAGGCCGCCGGAACGCUUUACCAGAUAUUCUGGGCUCUCCUGCUGGUGCUGGGACUUCAGACCUGCCACACAAACUGGCUGAGCUCUCCGUUUCAGAAGAUGAGGGAGCAGAGGGUGGAGAAGUGCUAUCAUCCAAAACCUUACUGGAAAGUCAAGAGGCGGAAGGAAAAAGCAAUGAUCCUUAACACCUAAGGACUGGUGGAUUAAUGAAACCCAUCGACAGACUUUCCAGUUUCCCUGUGUCACCCCUUCUGAAGUGUGAUAGCAACUUUAGCAGCACAGACAAGAUUUGCAACACACUUGUACCUAGAUUGCAUUAACGUGGAACUGCUGUUUUUUUCUACCGUCGUCAUUCAAAGCCAAUGUUCUACACAUCCAAAUAGGAAAAGAACUAAAGAAUGUAUCUCUUGUUUUGGGUUUUCUCAUGCUUAUAGCAUUCAUCCCAAGUAAUCUUCCUUGACAGUUUCAAUUAUUAUACCUAGCAGAUGUACCACCAACUAAUGAUUGCUUCAGAAUAAAACCCCUCUUUCUUAACUUCCCCCCAAAUAGAUUCUUUCUCGCAGACACAGAGGUGUAUUCACUAUUCACUCUCCCCACUUUAGGAUGAUAUUAAGUAUAUAUUAGAUUACAAACAUCUGUAAUUUAUCUCCUGAGAUUUUUUUCUCAUUAGACAUAUGUAGACGGGUGUGAGAAAUAAAAAAAAAGAAACAUUUUUUUUUUCUCUCCUCCUCAUGUCUCCAGAAGGUUUUGUAAACUAAUUAAGCAGCAGUGUUUGUUUUCAAACUCUCUUUAAACUGUUUGAGUAUGUCAGUUCUCACACUCUUAGCAGUCUUGCCACUUCUGUAAUUUCUGUUUUCAGGCUGAAUAUUAUAGCUGUUCAUGUGUAUCUAAAAUAAAUUAGCCAUGUUUGUAAGUGAUUAGAUUGGUUUAAUCUCACUGUGGAAAUUAAAUCGCUAUCAUCUUUUC